GUCACAUCGUGAUCAUUACAGUACUGUGGCAGACGUUUCAAGAUCUACUAUCGUGCAGACGCAUUUUCGUUUGAUCUUUGGUAAAGAAUACGCAGUGAAAAUAGCAACAGGUGCACAGAAAAAUCACAUACGCAUUAAGUAUUCUCGAGGUGCUACUAUACGUGGGCGAACACUGUCUCGCACGAACCAUGCACAUUGUCCACACAAAUUACCGGUCACUGUAUACGACAAUAUUCACGCAUAUAGAAAUAAAACAAAUAAAAUAAAAUAAAAUAAAAAAUAUAAUAAAAAAAAUAAAAUAAAUAAAAAUAAAGAAACCAAAGGAAACUAUAAAAAAGAUUGUUUAAGCUGAAGAUUGCAACUACAACAAAUGUUGUACAUUAUUCUAAAAACUUUUAGACCUACUAUUUGAUGAUUUAGUGACAAAUAUAGGGACUGCAAGUGUGAAGAUCCUAAAACAUGGAUAGAAUCAAUAAAGAAAGGAAUGAAAAUACGAUCAAUAAAGGGUUGAAUAAGACAAGUACUCUCGAGGAAUUCUAUGCCGGUAGUGGGAUUCUUGUGACUGGAGCAACCGGUUUCGUUGGAAAAGCUCUACUGGAAAAACUGAUCCGCAUGUGUCCACGCAUCGCUGACAUUUUUAUACUACUUCGUCCAAAAACAGACGAAACAAUAGAACAACGAUACAAGAAGCUCAUAGAUGACCCCAUUUACGAUGACAUCAAAGCAAAACACCCCUCAGCUUUGAGCAGAGUUUAUCCCAUGAAAGGUGACGUGAGUCUGCCGGAUUUAGGUCUUUCGCGAGAAGAUAGAAAUCUGCUGUUAGAGAAUGUAAACAUAGUGUUUCACGCCGCGGCCACUGUGAGAUUCGACGAGCCGUUACACGUGGCUAUAAAUGUGAAUACGAAUGGUACUGGUCGUGUUAUCGAACUCUGGAACGAACUGAGGCGUCCGAUUAGCUUCGUCCACAUUAGCACAGCUUAUAGUAAUGCGAAUCUACAUGAGAUUGGGGAAAAAGUUUAUACUACGAGCUUGAAACCAUCAGAUGUGAUCGAUGCGUGUGACAAAUUCGACAAAACGUCGAUGGACCAAAUGGAGAAAGGGAUUUUAAAAACUUAUCCAAACACAUACACAUUCAGUAAGAAUUUAGCAGAGCAGAUUGUAGCAAGCAAGUGCAAAGAUCUGCCAGUUGCGAUAGUACGGCCAAGCAUAAUUGGUGCUUCUCUGGAAGAACCAUGUCCUGGUUGGAUAGAGAAUAUCUCUGCAAUAACAGGUAGCUUCCUGCUAAUCGGCAGAGGAUUUGCAAGAGCUAUACGAGGUAGGAGGGAUGCCAGAUUGGAUGUAGUGCCUGUCGAUUUCGUAGUCGACACGAUAAUAUGUACUGCAUGGCAUGUCACGCUACAUCCUGAUCGUGAAGUUAAAGUAUACAACUGCACGAGUAACGCAUGCCCUUUUAAAAUGCCACUGGACGAUACACUAUGGUAUCCGGGUUGUUCGGUUGUAGCUAAUAGGUAUAUUUACAACGUUCUGGGUGUAAUUCCGCUUGUUUUGCCUGCGGUCGUGAUAGAUAUCUUUUCAAGACUUCGAGGUAAUAAACCAAUAAUGAUGAAACUCCUAAAAAAUUGCAACAAGCUGUUCACAUUGGUCGCAUAUUUCACUAUGAACGAAUGGACUUUUCAAAGGGAUAACUGUUCCGACUUGGCGAGGAAGGUGAAAAUGUUGAACGACAGCGAUAUGGUCAAACUAGAUUUACGGGAUAUGAAUUGGGAGAAGUACGUUGCAAUUUACCUGAUGGGAAUUAGGAAAUUUAUUCUGAAACAAGACUUUAAAUCAACAGCCCGACAACGAUUAUCAAGGUUGUACUGGAUACAUCAGAUCACAAAAAUGUCCGGUAUAAUGAUCUUACUAUGGAUAAUAUACUGUAUCGUGUACUGACUAUUUGAAAGUUAUUUCUUCUGUUUAAAGCAAAGGAGUAUAAAUACAGUUUUAUGAAGAAGGGA